GGAAAAAAGAAAACACACACGUGUCUCCACAAACACUUUGAGAUAAACUCGGACGGACAAACAAAUCUGUGUUUGAAGACAUCCAUUCAAUAUUUCAUUUUACUGGUUCACAUUAAAAACACAAAACAAACCCAAAAACCAAAAGAAAAGAAAGAUAUGGUUUUUUCAGUGAUCCCCAAUCUUUCAACUCCAUCUUUUACUCGCCUUGUUAAUCUCAAUAGUAAUAAUAAUAUCCAAUCUUCUGCUUCUUCUUCUUAUUAUUAUUCACAUAAUAAUAAUAAUAAAUGUUUAUCUCAUGGUGGUGGUGGUCUUGGUGUGCAAUCAGCUGUCGAACCGCCUCCGGUUCGGGUUCGGGUUACACCCCCACCCGACCCACGACAGGACUUUUAUGUCAAUCUUGGCUUAGCUGUUCGGACUCUCCGUCAUGAUUUGCCCCUUAUCUUUACUUCAGAUCUCAAUUAUGAAAUCUAUAGGGAUGAUAUUACUUUUGUUGAUCCGUUGAACAAAUUUACUGGUAUAGACAAUUACAAGAUCAUCUUUAGAGCUUUACGAUUCCAUGGGCGGAUUCUAUUUAAAGAAAUAUCGUUGGAAGUUAUCAAGGUUUGGCAGCCAUCAGAAAAUCUAAUUUUGAUCCGUUGGAACCUCAAGGGGGUCCCUCGAGUGCCAUGGGAAGCAAAGGGAGAAUUCCAGGGUACUUCACGUUACAAAUUGGACCGAAAUGGGAAGAUCUACGAGCAUAAAGUUGAUAACUUGGCUUUCAAUUUUCCACACCAGUUUAAACCGGCUGUAUCUGUUCUUGAUAUGGUGGUAGCUACAAGACCCCCUGCAACUCCUAACCCUACAUUCUCGUGGGGAGCACUGGAUUCAGCCUACUCGUCAUCGUGGCUAGACUUUUAUCGUGCAGUUAAGAACACAUUGGAUCCUGGUCAAGAUUUUCCGGUUUUACAAGAUUGUCAAUUAGUUGCUGCUACUUGUAUAUAGUGAGUGCUUAGUUAUACUACUCUUUUACCUACUGUUAUGUAUAUGCAUACUUACUAUGCUGCACAUACUCUACAUAUACGAUAUGACAAACAUUCCAUCUUGAUAGCCA